AUGGUCCUGACGAACUAUAUGGAGUUCGUUCCUUCUUGCGCGAAUACGAAUUCAAGUGAAGGCGAUCUGCGUUCCGACAGCUAUCCCUCUUCUAGUAGUCAAGCCACGAACCCUAACAUAGAAUCCUUAGUUUCACCAAUCACCACAGUUACCGCAGUUGCUGCAUCCCCCACCACCACCAUCACCGUCGCCGCUCGGCGCGCCGGUUACCCUACCAGUAGUCGUGACGUGGCAGCCCCGGCUACGUUCGCCGGCGGUGCCGCCGAGCCGUCAUCGAAGCGCGCCAAGCUCUCCUGCCCGUAUCACGACCAUUCCGCUGCGUCCGCCCGCGGUUUUAUUUUGUGCUCGUUCUGCGCAUCUGCCGCCGCGUCUCCCGGAAAAUCUUCCGAGGAUCACCCCUCCGGAGCUGCUGCCAUCUGUCACGCCACGAUUGGUCGAUUUGCGACCCUUUCUAUGGGGAUGGGGCCCGAAGACGGUGCUGCGGAUGCUUCAGGAGGGGAACAAGUAGGGAGGAGCUAUCAGCCGUCCGAUCGCGAUCGGCUCGGAUCCAAGGGUCAGAUUCGCACGGUGGAGUUUAUCCGCCUUAUAGAGCAAUCACUGCGUUCGCUAGGGUAUGAUUCAAUAGCGGCCCAACUGGAAGCAGAAUCGGGCGUAGCUUUGGAAUCCAAGCCUGUAGCGCAGCUUCGGCAAGCAAUUAUGGCUGGGCAAUGGGAGGAGAGCGUCGCAAUUUUGUCGAACCUACAAGGUUCGGACCCAUCUCUGCUUCGUCACGCCGUAUUCCUGCUUCUGGAGCAGAAAUUCCUCGAGCUUGUCGAAGCUGGGGAGGUUCGGGAAGCCCUGACGACCCUCCGAAGCAGGCUCGGGCCCGCAGCUUCGGAUCCGAAGCGGCUACACCAGCUGGCGGGCUGGCUCCUGUGUGCCGGACCUGAGGACCUAAAGGCUCGGUCCGGCUGGCCCGGGACAGGUUCGGAAUCCCGAGGCUCGGUUCUGAAAGCGGUGCAGGCGCUGUUGCCGGCAUCAGUGAUGGUUCCGGAUCGGAGACUGGAGCAGCUUAUAGAGAGUACGGUGGAGAUGGGUCGAGAUCGGUGCCACUACCACAACGUGGCUGACGAAGCGCUGACACUGUUCACGGAUCAUUCUUGUGGGCGGGAAAUGAUUCCUACGGUUACCACUCAGGUUUUGGAGCAGCACAGCGAUGAGGUGUGGUGUGUGCAAUUCUCCCACGACGGCAGCAGGCUUGCCACUGCCUCUAAAGACCACACGGCUGUAGUCUGGCAGAUCGUUGACAGCUUCACCCACCGUCGCCUGCAUACACUCGCCGGCCACUCCCUGCCGCUCUCCUACGUGGCGUGGAGUCCAGACGACUCGCUGCUGCUCACAGCCGGCAACGACCCCUUUGUGUGCCUCUGGGAUGCAGCCACUGGCCGCCUGCUGCGCUCCUUCUCCAAACACCAGGACGCCAUUUCCGCCUGUGCGUGGUUUCCCUGUGGGCGGCGGUUUUUGUCAGCAUCUGCGGCGACGGAUCGCACAGUGUGUGUGUGGGACGUGGAGGGAAGUGAGCUGCCCUCAUGGGGAGGGGUGGGGCGGCACUUGUGGCAGCAGGAUGGGGGAGACUUCCCUCGGAUCAACGACCUUGCUAUCAGCUCUGACUGCUCCCAUGUGGUGUCAGUGUGCAACGAGAAGGAGAUUCGAGUGCAUGAGCUGCCCUCAGGAAAAGAGCACGUGGUCAAGGAGACCAAGUCAAUCACAUCGCUCAGCAUGUCUGUGGACGGCAGAUGGGUCCUGGUGAAUCUAUCAUCAGGUGACAUCCAUCUCUGGUGCAUUCAGGACAUCUGUGCUGCCAAGCCUCCUGAAAAGCCAGCUUUUUCUUACAGCGGGCAGGUGCAAGGCCGCUUUGUGAUUCGCUCCUGCUUUGGAGGCCAUGAUCAGCGCUUCAUCAUCAGCGGCAGUGAAGAUGCUCAAGUGUACAUGUGGCAUCGCGACACUGGCGAGGUUAUGGAGGUGCUUCCAGGACACUCCGGGACGGUAAACGCCGUCUCAUGGCCAGCCACCCGCCCGCACAUGUUUGCUACAGCCUCGGAUGAUGGAACUGUGCGCAUCUGGGGGCUCCCGUCUCUUGUUGCUGGAGGGAUGGGAAUGGAAGUGGGUGCGUCGGAUGGUGGUACGGGCAUGAAUGUGGAGGCGGAUAGGGAGGAGGAUGGUGGGGGGAGUGCGAUGGUGGGAACGGAAUGA